GUGAUGUGACGUCAUAGGUCUGAGCCGCGCUCCCGUAUCUGUUGUGAUUUGGCUGAAGAAAGGCUAUUUAAGUCCAUUCACUGACUUACGAGUGGAAGCUAAUUGAGACACACCCAAAGAUUUAGUUAUUCUAAACUUGUAAAAAACAAAGUGCCCAAACAGAAAAACUCCAGCUGAAGCAACUGAGAUCCAUGUGACACAGUAUUAUAAAUAUGGUGUCUAUUAAAGAGGAGAGUGAAGACAUGAACAUUGAAGAUGCAUUCAGAGUCAAACAAGAAGAAACUGAGGAACAAACAGAAUUGAUGUCACUGAAAAAGGAGAGUCAAGAAUUCAAUAAAACGGAAGAUCAUGAUUUCAUAACUGGAGAACAAUCAUUUAGUUGCUCACAGAUUGACAAGACACAAAAAGGAGCUCACAAGAGAGCAAACAGAGGUUAUUUCACCUGUCAGCAGUGUGGAAGGAGCUUCAAUCGAAAAUCAAGUCUUAAAAACCACAUACGAAUUCAUACUGGAGAGAAGCCUUACACAUGCUCUCAAUGUGAAAGGAGUUUUGCACAAAAACAAACCCUUGAUGUCCACAUGAGAAUUCAUACUGGAGAGAAACCUUUCACCUGUCCACAAUGUGGAAAGAGCUUCAUUCGAAAAUUAUACCUUAAAAACCACAUAAGAAUUCACAGUGGAGAGAAACCUUACACAUGCCCUCAAUGCGGAAGAAGUUUUACAUAUAAACAACACCUUCAUGUCCACAUGAGAAUUCAUACUGGAGAGAAACCUUUCACCUGCCAACAAUGUGGAAAACGUUUUACUGAACGCUCAAACCUAAAAGUUCACAUGAGAAUUCACACUGGAGAAAGCCCUUUCACCUGCCCACAGUGUGGAAAGUGUUUCACUCAAAAAGUAAACCUUAAAACACACAUGAACAUUCACACUGACCUGAUGGCACUAAAAGAGGAGACGGAAGUACUGAAUGAAGGUGAGGAGAAAGAUCAGUAUGGGAAUCUUCAUAAUUUCCUUACCGGAGAAAAAUCUUUUUGCUCCUUACAGUCUGAAAAGACUUCUACACAAAAAAGUGCUCAAAAGACAGGAACUGGGAAUUAUUUCAUUUGCUUUGAGUGUGGAAAGAGUUUCAGUCAAAAAGGAAGCCUUAAAAGGCACAUAAGAAUUCACACUGGAGAGAAGCCUUUUACGUGCUAUCCGUGUGGAAGAAGUUUCAAUCAGCAAGGAAGCCUUAACAGGCACAUGACAAUUCACGAUAAAGAGAAGCUUAACGGAUCUGCUCAGUGUGGAAUUCUCACUAUAGAGAGCCUUUUUACCUGCCAACAGUGUGGAAAGAAUUUCACUCAUAAAGGAAGCCUUAACAGGCACAUGGCAAUUCACACAGGAGAGAAGCCAUACACAUGUAAUCAGUGUGGAAAGAGUUUCAGCUAUCCUGGAAACCUUAAAAUCCACAUGAAUAUUCACACUGGAGAGAAGUCUUUCACCUGCAAACACUGUGGAAAAAGUUUCAACAAAAAAUCAAACCUUAAUUAUCAUGUUAGAGUUCACACUAGAACAAAGCCCUUCAUCUGCCAUGUGUGUAGGAAAUUUUUCAAGCGAAAACGAAACCUUAAAGUUCACAUGCAAAUUCACACUGAAGAGAAAUCUUAUACGUGCCUUCAGUGUGGAAAGAGUUUUGGUCAAAAACGAUACCUUGAAGCCCACAUGAGAAGAAUUCACACUGAAGAGAUGUUUGAACUGAAAAGGUAACCUUAAGUACCACGUGAAGAUUCACUGAAGAGGGACCUGUUUAAAAAUCAGUGUGGAAUGAGUUUUACAGUCAAGAAAAACCUAGGAAUCAUGCGGGAACAUCAUGUACAUCUGCUGUGGAAAGACUUCCAGAAACAAAGCAAAUCUUGAGUUUCACAUAAGCUGCUUUACAGCUGAAUCACAUUUUGCAACAUUGACAUUAUUACCUAACUGAAUUUACUUAACACUGAACUGAUUCUAAUUGAAUAACUACACUGCUGUCUUUUGUAGAAUUGUUUACAGUAUUUUAAACUCUUAAUAGCUUCACAGUUUUUGAUCUGAACUGACUUGAACUGAAUAAUGACACUUUUAUCUUUCAGAACUUCUUUACAGCGGAAUCUGAAUUUUUCUGUUUAUUGUUUUGAAAUGCUUUGACGAAGUUUGUGUUAUAAAGAGCAUUAUUAAAAUAAAGUUGACUUGGCUGACUUGACAUAAGAAUUCAUGAGAAAGGGAAUUAUUUCACCAGCC